UUGAUUUCAGUGGCAUGGGUAACUUUAAAUUAUUUUUCGAAUGAAUGGUCAAAACUUCCAGUCAUUUGUUCAGCCAUCCUUGAAGCGAUUGGAGUCAAAAAUAUCGUGGGAGCUCACGCGCAAUCUUCUCUGUUGGAAGGUACAGCCUAUGCUAUCGGAGCUCCUGUAAUACCUAGUUAUAUGCCAGGUAAUCAUAUGCUACAUAAUGUUUCCAAAAACUUAACUCUACUUUCAGCUUCGCAAGCCGUCAUCGAUGAUACAAAUUAUUUUGUGAACCGGGUCAUAAAUAUUCUGUUUACAUAUCUCUCCUGGUAUUUUCAAACUAGCGUUGCCAGCACUGCAGAUAGAAUUAUGAGGGAGAAACUGGGAAGUUCUGCGACACCUAUAUGGGAUACAGUCGCAAACAUGUCAUGGAUUCUGACUAAUUCUGAGCCGUUGCUAGAGUUUGGCAAACCUACACUUCACAAGGUUAUCGACUUAGGAGGAAUUGGUGUACAUAAGCCAAAACCACUAGAUGAGUUACGAUUUUGGAUUCUUCAGCACAAGUCAAUAAACACCAUGCAAACUUUUCAGAAAUGGGACAAAGCUCUGAGUUUACGCAAGCAUACGGUGCUGAUCUCUUUUGGUAGCGUCGCCCCUUGUAUUUUCAUGCCAAUUGCUAUAAAGAAGGCUAUUGCAGAAGUGAUACGGUCCUAUCCCAAUGUUACCUUCAUUUGGAAAUAUGAAGAACCAAAAGAUGCUUCGUUCUCAGAUGGCCUAGAAAACCUGCUCUUAUCUAGUUGGACUCCUCAGAGUGAUCUGAUUGGUUAGUU